AUGGUGCAGCUGACCAUUCAAGUUCGCGCCAAGACGUGCUAUUCGAAUGCGGGCAAAGUCAAAACGCUGUCAAUCGACAGUUCCCAGCGGGUAGAAGAAAUUGUCGAACGAGGAAGUAGGUUGUAUCGAGACGGACGAGAGCUCCCACUCAACUCCUCGUUUGCGUCCAACAACGUUCAGAAUGGCGACAUCUUGGAGAGUUGCUCUUCUCCUCUCAUGUCAGCACUCUUGUCAGCUGUUUUGAAAGAUAUUAAUGAUAUCAGUAAAGUCCCUGAAAAUGAACGUACCAAGGAAAAACUGGAACCAUUGAUGGGAGGUGCGAAGAUAGAUCCAUGGUCCAAGCGUUGGUCGGCAGACUCCAUCAAGAAUCGCAUUAUAUCGCUAGCAACUAUGAAAAAGGUCAUCCAAAGGGAUGAUCGAUAUGCCAAUAAAACAGUUCCGAAGAUUACAACGCUUCAAGAACUCUAUGAUCACAUGCAGACUGUUUGGAACACGAGUGGAAUUGGCCACAACAGCAUGGCUCAUGUUUUCAAGCCUUCUGCCAAGAAUGCCAAUGGGAAACCUAGUACUUGUUGGCAAAUGAUGGAACACAAAUUUAUCUUGGCCCAGCGGAUACGUCAAGCAUGUGCCACUACGGGUGAAGAUUGGAUUGAUGCCUUUGUCAAGAUGGAAAGUAGUCGCCAUGACGCUCCAGCCAGCGCCACGCCCUCUCGUCGUCCCCGUCAGAGACGGACCACGAGUGAUGCCACGCCCCAGCAGCCUCGACGUACUCUUGCUACACCACAAUCCAAUAUUCGUCGAGGAGGGGCCGUUGCGGUCCAAUGUGUCACUGCCAAUUGCCAUCAAUUGGCCGAAUAUGCUUGUCUUGAAGAAGGCUGUCCCUUUCAUGAAGAAUUGACGUGUACCAUGUGUUUCGUCGGAAAUCAUCCUGCCCAUAUUCGCGACCACCCACGUAUUCCUCUGACAGACGCGAGGGUAAAGGCUAUUUUGAAGGAAAAGAACAAGAAAGGAUACUGUCCGGAAUUCCAGUCAGGGCCCUAUGCCAUUUUGUGUUCUCUUUUGGAAGCUUCCACGGAGCAGCAGGGUGGGAGACGAGAAUUGAGUCUGCCCGAGAGCCGAUUGAAGAAGCUAGCUCAAAAGCGAUGUCGUUCCAAUUUGUACGAUCGCCAAGCCCGAGGGCGGAGUGCUUUUGCAUGCAUCGAACACUUGGCCGACAAACAAUUGGUACGCAAGGAAUUGAUUCCGGGGCGAGAGGAAGGAAGAUUUAGUCUCAUGCCCGAGGGCGAAGCCAUGGCCCAACGGUGUUUGGAUUUUCAAAAAGUGACAGAACAAGUACUAAAAGAUAAAACGGUCACUAAGAUACAAGAACCGUGUCCUAGGAGUCUGACUCUGUUGGUAGACUCACGAGAAGAUGUCACCUAUUCCAGCCGAUUGCAGGAGAACUUUUCUGAUGAUGGAUAUCCUUGUGAAGAGCGGGAGCUACCAGCAGGCGACUAUCUGUUUACGAGGAAGGCGGUUGGUGGUAGUGACGACAGCGAGGCGGUCAUGCCACUGGUGAUUGAGCGUAAAUCAUGGUCGGAUUUUGCCGAUAGUGUCCAUGGAGCUGGAAAAGGACAUAGUCGUUUGGACUGCGUGAAAGUUGGAGGCACUGGACAAUGCUCAAACGGAAGAUGUCAGCUUUGUCGCAUGAAAAGAAGUGGAUGCGAACAGGUCAUGUUCAUCAUUGAAGGGGCCAGGUGUUUGGACCGAGAUGGAGAAGACAAAUGCAGCGAAACAAAAAGAUGUCAACAUUGCAGGGAAUUGCAGGAACGUCACAACAGCAUACAACAAGACUUGGAAUCCAUUAUCUACGAUCUGCAAGCAACUCAUGGAUGCCUGAUCCACUUUACGAGAAAUUACAACGACACCAUCGAUUCCCUGAAAAUGAUCUACCGUCUUCUUGCCUCGGGGUAUGCUGGAGGAGUCCAGCAAGACGAUGAGUUGCAGCGUGCCAUACAAGCGUCACUGGGAACAGAUUCUUCUCCUUCUUCUGCGCUCGUCAAUACACCUAAACUCACAUACAAAGAUUUUGUUUCUAAUGCUAAGAAAUACAAAACCCGUCCGCCACUGCAAAAUGGAACAAAGAGGAAAGAAGUCAAGAGAUUGGGGACGGAGGCCUUCAUUCGAGGUAUUCUUGAGGAUCGACUGCUCGCAACACUUUCUUCUGGCGAAUCGGUCAGCGAAGGGAGGGGACAAAAGGACCUGAAUCAAUCGUUUGAAGCUGCCGCGGCUGGAACGAAUGCUGUUGUGGAACUACAAUCUAGCGAUAGCGAAGACGAGGAUGCUUUCCCAGAGUCUCAGAAUUUCGUGGAGGUUCUAGGGUGUCUUCCUGGAAUGGGUCUUUCGAAUUCAGCUUCCAAAGUCCAAUGUAUCGAUAUUGAUAGUGACGACGAUGGAAAACCAGCAGGCAGACCAAGCAGUAGUUCCGAUGAUGACGAUAUUGUGGUGGUCGAAGAUAACGUGGCUGUUGGAAUUAGAGACAAGAGAACUCUCGGCGAUUCGUCUCGUCCUGGUGUCUUUGUCAUCACGGGACUAUACGAAUAUGACAGAGACUUUUUCAAAGACAUCAACAAGAUUUGGCAGAGCAUGUACCGAACUCAGUCUACCGCAUCAAGGGAAAACUUCCGAAAGGGCGUAUCAGAACAGUUGCUCGCAAUUCAGAGUGAUCAGCUACCAUUGGUCCAUCGAGAGUCCAUACUCUACUGGACGCUCCGGAUUCCACUGAGCGAGAGAGUACUGAUUCAUACAGCACGUACUUCGCAAUGUGUGAAUGACUUGACGAGCAGGUGGGAGAAUGGUAGACUUCUUCCAGGUUCUGGAGGUAGGACUCUUGGUGCCAGACUAUCACCACAGCGCAAAAGAUUGGCCGAGACGAGAUCAAAACAAACCGAAAGGACCCCUGCUAGGCAGCAGCAGGACGACCAAGUCGUUGUUAUCGAUGACGAUUUAGUCGCUGCUACCUGUCGUCGCGAUCUCUUUGGUAAGGGCCAACAUAGCGCCCCCGAUGCUACCGCACAGAAAAGAACAAUGCAGAAACGAAACCAACAGACCAACCCCAUCUACACCAUCGAUGAAGAUGGAGAUGAGAUCACUGUGCUACAUACUACAGCACCUCGAGCUGCUAGACAAAAAGAGACGUUGCUGCAAACUUCCGACACGGGUAAGCCGCCGCUGUCGGGCAGGAAAGCACCACCAGUAAACGAAAUCGGUCCCGCAACAGGAUCGGGAAUGAAGCGACUGUCUGCAUCCAACAUCGAAAAUGGUCGGGCGUCUACACUAUCAACUCUUGGAAAUGGAUCGAGAAAGCAGCGAGCCACUCCUCGGAGUCAGAAACGAAGUAACGGCAGCGCAAGGAAAGCAGAAGAAUCGAGAAUUCCGCCGUUGUCAACGAGAAAGCGUCCUCCGGAAUAUCCUCUUGGCACAGCAUCCCCUCGAAAGAUACGACCAGAUCCGUCUCUUUCGAGCACAGACACUGCUAUUCGAGAAGCCCGGUUGCGUCGAUUUGGAGCCGCAGACGCUACGACUGCGAGACCCACGAGUGAAUGGGAAUGCACAAGCUGUACUUUCAAGAAUAAGUUUGGUGAUGAUCAAUGCAAGAUUUGCGGUGCAACCGCUGUCACCAACAGCCCAAUUCGUCAAAGAGUAGCUACGCUUCGAGAAGCAAGAGCACAACACUCAGUCCAGCCUGGCCCUUAUCCUGCUCGCAAGAGGUCGGGAUCUACUCCAUCCACUUGGUCAUGCCGGAAAUGUACCGUUGAAAACCCGUUGCAUUUGUCAUCGUGUGAAGUGUGUGGCUACGAUGACUCAUCCAGCGGAGCCAAUAGGCCGGAAACCACAUCGUCAGCUACAAAAAUGUCGUCCAAAGCAGUGAAGCCCGACACCUAUGUCAGCGCAAUCACGUCGCCCAACCAGAAACGACGUAUUCGAUGUGGAGCUUGUGGAUUGGAUGGACACAAUAGAGGCACUGCCACGGAUGCCAAUUGUCCAGCGUACAACAAUCCAGACGAGGUCAGCCUACGAAACAAGAAAAAAGAAGCUGCGGAGAAAAAGGCAAGAGAUGCCCAAGAAGACGCCAAGGAUUUCGAAAUUAGAAAGGAAGCUCUGGAAACCGCGAGUAAGCGGCGAAAUCAAGAAAUGCAAAGAUUGCUGGCUCUCCAGCAGCAAGAUGAAGAAGAGUCUCGACGAAUUAGGGAGAACGAGUUGAAACGCAAAAAGAAGGCUGCUGAGAGGGCCGCGAAACGCGCCCGCAAACUGGGCAGGUGA